AUGUUGCAUGAAGCAAAGGACAGGCAGAAGUUCGUGAGUAAUGUUCAGUAUCUGCGGGACAUGCAGCAUAAGGUGGACUCUGAAUAUCAGGCUUGUCUGAGACGACAGGAAUAUAGAAGAGACCCAAAUGAGAAGAAAAGAGAUCAAUUUGGGGGGCCAGAGACAAAUUUGGAGAGAUCCCGGUUUUCAAGUGGGUCAUCUUCCAAACAGAGUUCUGGUGAGGAGGAUCCUGUAGCUGAACCAAGACCAUCCACCAAGAGUUCUGCGGUUAAGUGUGAUUCCAAACUUCCAGCAAUUGACCAAACAUCAGUCAAACAGAAACAUAAAAGUACUAUGACUCCAAGGAAAGUGGAGAAAGCAAGCCCCAGCAAACCCUCUUCAGCAGCCCAGGCAUCACAGAUUUUAUCAAGGAAGAGGAGGCCAAACCUGGGGAGACUGACAGUCAGCCCAGAAAUGCAGAACCCAAGAGUGCCGGGGGACAGAAGCAGACUGAAGGCACAGACCCUCAGGGGACCAGAUCCAGUAGUUCAACAAGAGGGCCCAAUGUGGACAAGUGACCCUAAGCUGAAGAGGCCAACUCGAGAGAGAAGAAACUUCGUCUCAUCCUCACAGCUAAUGACCAUGACUGAGAAUACCCCUGAGAGAGCCAAAAAAGGAGACCCAAGUGCUCUUUCCCAGAAUGAGCUAUAUCCAGGCCUACGUCAGGCCUUCCAAGGAACAAACAGUCCUCAAAUGUUGAGUGAGUCCUUGGGGCCACCACUCAUAACCACCAACCCGGGAGGACCAAGAAGGGCACCAUUUAGGUUCAGAGACGAAGAUUUUUAUUCCAUUUUAUCAUUAAACCCUGGAGGAGACGGUGCUGACACUGAGGAAGAGACUCUUGUCGAGGAAGAACUUUUGUUGGCUGGUAUGCACCCAACUCGUUCUCCUCCCAAUCACAAGAGAAGUCGAUUUCUUGGGAUAUCGGCCACUCAGACCAAAAAUAAAAAUUUUGAAGAAAACCCUGAAAAUUGGAGAGCUAAUUCUGUAAGAAGAAAUGAGUCCAGUUAUGGCUCCUUAAGAAUAAGCAAUGCAAUGGAGCCGGUGACUGAGCCGCCGCCUCUUGGGCCAAGAGUGUUUCAAGACCCUGAGCUACCUCCUGGAGGAUCUCCUCAAGAGAAUGACAGUGGUGACAGUAAACAUGAGAACAGCGCCUUUCCUUCAUGGGACACCAAAUCUAGUCUGGAUGGUGACCUCAGUGCUGAAAAUGUAUUUAGAGAUUGUAUUUCAAUGGAAGACAGGUCUGGUACCCAUGAUUAUGAAAGAGAUUGGCAUGCCUAUCUAAACAGCUCUAGUAAUUCUCUUGACUAUUUUCUUUCUGGUAGAUCAACAGCUCCAAGAUCACCAGCGAGUUCAUCUUACAACACUCCUGGAUCAUUAAUGCAUUCUGCUACGAGAGGAGAUACUCCAGUAGACUCGUCAAUGUCAUCUACCUUCGUUCAGAGUGCAGACUCAGAGGGAAACUCAAGGUUUAGUGUUCGUCGACCACUGUCCCCUAUUAGAAAUAGGAAUCUGUUUGUCAGUGCUGAAAACCAUAGUUAUUUUCCAGUAAACAGUGCACAUGAAUUUGACGUCCGGGGAGAAGAAGAUGUUACUUUAACAAGCCCAUCACAGGGGGCUCCAUUAUACACAGAAGACCUCUCAUUAAAUUCUCAAAGCAACUUGUCCUUGGUGGAGUCUUCCAGCUCCUCUCCAUCAAGAAUGAACAUACAAGGCCAUUUGCAUGUGCCUGGGUCCCUGCAAGAAAACAUACCCUUUACUUUCUUUGCAGUCUCUGAUUCCCCAAAUCAAAAUGAUAAUGGAAACGGACUGGCAGUCUCUGCUUUCACAGAUGAAAAGGAAGCCAUUACGAUAAAGGCAGACCCAGAGAAACUCAAGAAAUUACAGGAAAGUCUCCUGGAGGAGGACUCGGAGGAGGAGGAGGGAGACCUGUGUCGCAUCUGUCAGAUAGCCGGGGGUUCCCCAACCAACCCCCUCCUGGAGCCUUGCGGCUGUGUGGGAAGCCUGCAGUUUGUUCACCAGGAUUGCCUGAAAAAGUGGCUGAAAGUGAAAAUAACAUCAGGAGCGGAUCUAGGCGCUGUGAAGACCUGUGAGAUGUGUAAGCAAGGCCUGCUGGUCGACCUGGAUGAUUUUAACGUGACUGACUUCUACCGGAAGCACCAGCAAUCCCGGGCACAAAAUGAGCUGAUGAAUUCAGGCUUGUAUCUGGUGCUGCUGCUUCACCUCUAUGAGCAGAGGUUUGCAGAACUCAUGAGGCUCAACUACAGCCGAGUUUCGAGAGGAAGGUUGUCAAGAAAUUACCCACAACCCAGACCGGAAGAAAAUGAAAAUUCUGAGCUGGGGGAUAGAAAUGACAGCGGCAGCCACAUUGUCUAG